AUGUCGGCCGAGUGGGGAGGGACCGCGUGGGAAGAGAAAGGAAGGGACGUUUCUUCCAAACAGAGCCCUCUGCCGGCACUCGCCGCCUGCGGCGCCCACAGAGCCGGCCCAGAGCCCGAUUCCCCGGGAAGUUCGGUCAGCGCCCGGUCCCCGUUCUCCACACUUUCCUCCCUGCCGGUCGCCGGCGCUGUCUGGAGCGGCGGGGGACGGCCCCGAGACGAGGCGGCACUGGAGCCCGGCGAGGCCGGCCGGGGGCGGCCGCCCCCGCCCCCCCCCAGGGACUCUGCCCGCGGGGCGGGGCUCUUCGCCCUCAGGAUCAUGAUUGCCAGCCAAGAGAGGCAGCUGCCGAUUAAUUUGACCACAAACUAUCCGAUGUUGGUAGUUAUUGGGAAAACACAUUUAGGAAAGAGUUCCAGAAAGAAGAAGUCUAGCAAUCAAAAGCAGAAAAAGUCUUUUCCAUAGCAGCAGUGUGCAUUGCUGAAUUCAGGAGGAGGAAUUUUGAGAAUGGAGGGUGAGGACAGGAAUUACUUCUGGGAGCAUGGCAUUUGUGGAGACAUAGAGACGAGCCUCAGGGAUUGCACUGGCAGAAGAAAGGCUCAUCCAUACUUUGCACGGAUGCAGCAGGGGAGUAACCUGCUGCUUUUUGUUAAAACAUGGAGCUGUGAAGAAAAACUGUGUCAAGUGCCACAAAGAGAAUGGACUGACCCCAAGAGAGCUCAGCUGAGUUUUGAUGGGGGAGCAAAAGAGACUCCUCCAAACAUCCAAGAGCACAACAUCCAAGAUACUGUGGUCAGGUUUAUAAAGAAAGAUGAAGUGCUGGUUGGGGAGGUCCUGGGUUUCACACAGGCAACACAUAUUGAAUUUAAGAAAUGCAGUACAAAGAGUAGCUUGUAAUACAUCAGAAAAAACUUUCCUAAAUACGUCUCUGCCUUUGCAAACACUGAGGGUGGAUAUUUAUCUUUUGGUGUGGAUGACAACAGUAAAGUCACUGGGACCCACAGUAAUGUGGAGAAAGUAGCUUUAGAACAAACAGUAUCUGAUGCCAUCAGCUCAAUGUGUGCCCAUCACUUCUGUGGCUCUGGGGCUGGCAUGCAGAUCCAGGUGUGUCGUAGACAUUUUUUCAUAGAAAUCCUUUCUUUGGGAUUUGUGCAUCUUCUGGGAAGCAAAGGCCCCAGAAGAAGAAUGUAAACAAUUGUUAUCCGCUGCUGUGAAAUGUAGCAGGUGCUCCUGUGAUUGGAUCAUGUUCCGUGUUUACAAUUGGGGGCCAAUCACAGGACCAAGCUUGGGGACAGAUUCCCUGGACACAGAACUUUGUUAUUCAUUCUUUUCUAUUCUAUUCUUAGCUUAGCAGCCUCUGCAACUUCUCUCCUUA